AUGACCAUGAUCAACGCAAUCACAGUUCUUCUUCUCUCAUGUCUCUGUUUUCCCCUGCUACCUGCCACCUCCACCUCUGCCAACGCCAUGAACCCAGCUCUUCCCCUUCGCGACGGCGACACCAUCGCCUCCCCCGACGGAACCUACGAAAUGGGCUUUUUCAGCCCGGGAAGCUCCAAAAACCGCUACUUUGGAAUCUGGUACAAAGAAAUCCCUGUUCUCACAGUUGUAUGGGUAGCCAACCGCGACAAACCCAUCACCAUUAACGAGUCUCUCCCUUCAUCAUCAAGACCACUCCUUCAGCUAACCAACGACGGCAUUCUCGUCAUUCACAUCAAUACCACCAACGCCACCGUAAUUUGGUCAUCAACAGCAACAGGUUCGCCGCCGGUCAGCGAUCCGGUGGCUCAACUUCUUAAUUCAGGAAACCUGAUAGUCAACGAAAAUGAUGACACGGGAAGUGAAAAUCCGCUCUGGCAGAGCUUUGACUACCCUGGGGACACGUUUCUCCCCGGAAUGAAACUGGGGAGAGACCUAGUCACCGGUCUGAACCGGCAGAUGUCGUCGUGGAAAUCCGCCGACGACCCUUCACAGGGGAACUACAGUUACGGGGUGGAAAUCGGCGGCGACCUCGAGCUCGUCCUGAGAGAGAAUUCAAUGGAGCGGUUCAGGACGGGACCGUGGAACGGCGUAAGCUUCAGCGGGACACCGCCAUUGAAACCCAAUCUCGUCUACACUUACGAGUUCGUGUUCAACGAAAGGGAAGCAUACUACAUCUACCACCUCCGCAACGACUCUGUCAUAACCCGGAUGUCGAUAACCCCGACCGGUCUGAUCCAGAGGUACACGUGGCUCGGCGGCAAGCAAGGCUGGAUGAUCUAUCUUACAGCACAGAACGACAACUGCGACCGGUUCGGGGUGUGUGGGGCUUAUGGGAGCUGCGACAUUGAGAGCAACCCGAGUUGCAGCUGCCUACAAGGGUUUGUUCCCAGAGUGCAGAGGGAAUGGGAUAUGGUGGAUUGGUCCAGUGGCUGUGUGAGAAGGACUGAGUUGGAUUGUGGAAAUGAUGGGUUUGUAAAGAUCUUUGGUGUUAAACUGCCGGGGAUGACUAACAAGUCCUGGUUUGAUGCGGCGAUCAGCUUGGAAGAGUGUAGGAAAGUGUGUUUGAGGAACUGUUCCUGUACGGCUUACUCGAGUUUGGACAUCAGGAAUGGCGGAAGUGGGUGUCUGGUUUGGUAUGGUGACUUGCUUGAUAUCAGGCAGCUGUAUGGAAAUGGUGAAGAUCUCUAUGUAAGGAUGGCUGCUUCAGAGAUAGCUGAGGAGAGUGAGCAUGUGAAGAGUAAGGAAGGGAAGAAGAGGAGAAGAAUUUUGAUCGUUGUGGGUGGAGGGUUAUCAGCUGGUGUGUUCUUCGUGAUGAUCGGGUUGAUCAUACGGGUUAAGAGAAAGAAGGUGCAGGGGAAUAAUGGUGCAGCAGAAUUUUCAGGUUUUUUGCGAUGUCUUAGUGCAAGUCAUACUAGGAAAGAGAGGGAAGGUCUCGAGUUACCACUGUUUGAUCUGGCUACCAUUGUUUCUGCAACUAACAACUUCUCUGGGACUAAUGUUCUUGGACAUGGAGGCUUUGGAACUGUUUAUAAGGGGAUCCUGAGAGAUGGAGUGGAAAUUGCUGUGAAGAGGCUGUCAAGGGAUUCACAACAAGGAGCUGACGAAUUCAAGAACGAAGCAAUGCACAUUGCCAAGCUUCAACAUCGGAACUUGGUGAGACUUCUGGGAUGUUGCGUGCAGCGCGACGAAAGAAUGUUGGUCUAUGAGUUCAUGCCGAAUAGAAGCUUGGACUUCUUCAUUUUCGAUAUCAAGCAGAGACAUUUACUAGAUUGGCCUAUGCGAUAUAACAUUGUCAAGGGGAUUGCUCGCGGGCUUCUCUACCUCCACCAAGAUUCGAGGCUGAGAAUAAUCCACCGCGAUCUCAAAGCCAGCAACGUGUUGUUGGAUUAUGAGAUGAACCCCAAGAUAUCGGAUUUCGGGUUGGCUAGAACUUUUGCUGGCAAUGACCUCCAAGGGAACACAAGAAACGUUGUGGGAACAUAUGGCUAUAUGUCACCGGAGUAUGCAAUCGACGGGAUUUACUCGAUCAAAUCGGACGUGUUCAGCUUUGGAGUGAUGGUGUUGGAGAUACUGAGUGGGCAGAGAAACAGGGGAUUCUGCCAUCCUGAUCAUGAGCUUAACCUCCUCGGCCAUGCGUGGAGCCUGCAAAGAGAAGGCAGGGGUCUAGAAAUGAAGGAUGCAACACUAAGAGAGUCGUGGGACGAUUCGCAGGUGCUACGACUGUUGCACAUCGGACUACUGUGCGUGCAGAAGAGUCCCGACGAUCGGCCGAGCAUGUCCGUGGUGGUGGACAUGUUAAGCGGGCAAGGUGGUCUGUUGGAACCAAACCAGCCUGGAUUCUUCACCGAAAGGGAAAUCUCAUGUGCAAGUUCUUCUUCUAGCGGGUACGAGGGUCCCUGUACUAAUAACAUGUCUGUUACGUUGCUACAAGCGAGAUGA